AUGCGUAGACACACACGCACCCGCAUAUGUUUUCAUCCUGCAGCUAAACGCCUUCGCAUCCUCUUUUUUUUUUCCUAUAUAUAUCUCUCUCUCGCUUUGACACGCUACGGACAGAAGCCAAAGUAUGAUGUCACGGAAGAUCGAGAUGCACCGAAUGGAACACUAAUGCAGCGGCCACCGACGGAGGUGCCGUUGUUGUCGUACAUGGCGUUCUCUGUGGGCUUCAUGGCGUCAAACGCCAGCUUCAUGUAUUCCCGAUCUCCCAUGAGUUCACGCAUUUUCCAGCUCUCCUCAUCCAACACACCUCUACUGCUUUCAUCGCCACCGCCGCCAUUACCGUCAACUUCUACUUCUCCUGACACUUGUGGAUGA